AUGUCUAUUGUUCCUGCAGUGCCGGAUACACGGGUUCUCGCGGUGGCAAGCCAUGUCGUGUCUGGUUACGUGGGUAACAAGAUUGCCGUCUUUGUGCUACAGUCUCUAGGGUGCGAUGUCGCAGCCCUGAAUACUGUCCAGUUCAGCAACCACACUGGCUAUAAGCAAUGGAAGGGAACAAGAGUCUCGGCGCAGGAGAUUAUGGACUUGUGGGAUGGACUCAAACAGUCUUAUCUGGAUGACUUUGACGUGAUGCUCUCCGGUUACAUCCCAGGCGCUGAAGCUGUUGAUGCCGUUGGAAAGAUAGGCCGUGAACUCAAGGAUAAGUCUAAGGACACGCCGGGCAAGUUCUUCUGGGCCCUCGACCCUGUCAUGGGCGACAAUGGAAAGAUCUACGUCUCUCCAGAAGUUGUACCGGCUUACAAGAGACUCAUCCACGAUGCUGAUCUCAUUCUCCCAAACCAGUUUGAGGCCGAAUUGCUCUCCGAGGUUAAAAUCAACGACAUGGACAGCCUUCGAAAGGCCAUUCAAGUCCUUCACGACAAGUACAGAGUCCCUCACGUUGUCAUUACAUCAGUCAACCUAGAGGCUCCAGACCAUCCUCCCUCGCACCUUGCCGUUGUUGGCUCAACCAUGACUUCUACUGGCCAGGCGCGCUUUUUCAAGAUCGUCUUCCCAUCGAUCGACUGUUACUUCAGCGGUACAGGCGACAUGUUCGGGGCCCUCAUGGUUAUCCGCAUGCGUGAGGCCGUAUUCAACGCCGACGAGCGUCUACGUCACACAGCCAGCUGGCUCAGUGAUGAUUCUGUUUCAGCCACUGAGCUUCCACUUGCCCGAGCGGCUGAAAAGGUGUUGGGCAGCAUGCAUGAGGUUCUGUCCAAGACAUGCGAGGGUAUGAAGAGGGUUGUUGAGCGCACGACGGGUGACAUGAAGGUUGAGGACCGAGACAACGAGACCAAGGUGCAUCUAGUUAAGAGCAAGGCGGCUGAGCUACAACUGGUGAGGAAUCUGGAUUGUUUGAGGACUCCAGCAACGCAAUACCAUGCAAAGGCUAUAUAA